AUGGACGGGCUGACCCCCCAGCCUCAGCAGAAGCAGAAGCCCCAGCUCCAGCAGCUGCUGGCCAGCGUGCAGCUGUGCAUGGCCAGGGCAGCAGCAGCAGACCUUGGAGGCAGCGGCGUGGACUGCAACAAGAAGAAGGCCGGGCGCAGCGGCUUCCUGGGCGUCACAAAGCACAAGCGCACGCAGCGGUACGAGGGCCACGUGUGGGCAGACAAGAAGCAGGUCUACCUGGGCGCGUUUGACGACCAGCGCCUGGCGGCUGCCGCCCACAACAUCAUCGUGCUGCGGUCGCGCGGCGCGGCGCCGCACCCCGCCGGCGAGGACGACGGCCUCAAUUUCCCGCCGGCCUGGUACUCGGAGCUGCUGCCCAUGGUCGCCGUCAUGCCGCAGGCUGAGGUGGUGUCUGCGCUGCGCACCUACAGCAAGUCGCUUACGGCCAGGCCCUCGGGCCGCGACGGCGGCGGCAGCCGUGGCGGCAGCAGGGCUUGCAGCAGGGCCAGCAGCGAGGGGCAGGGUGGGGACGCCAUCAGCAGCGGCGGCAGGGGAGGCAGCGCGGCCAGCAGCCUGGCCAGCGGCCGGCGCAACAAGCGCAAGGCGCCCACGCCGACCGCCUCGGUCACCGACCUGGAGAGCAUGGGCCAGCGGCAGCAGUGGCAGCAGCAGCAGGCAGCACAGGACCAGCUUCCACCUGCGGGCAGCACUAGGCCGCGACGAGCAGCGCAGCAGGUGGCGUGCAGCCUGGCAGCCCGCUGA